UGGGGCGGGGCGCCACGGAAACCGGAAGUGCCUAGAGACUGGCAACCCCGAGCAGUUCCGAUGACUGUCCACAACCUGUACCUGUUUGACCGGAAUGGAGUGUGUCUGCAUUACAGCGAGUGGCAUCGCAAGAAGCAAGCAGGGAUCCCCAAGGAGGAGGAGUACAAGCUGAUGUACGGGAUGCUCUUCUCUAUCCGCUCGUUUGUCAGCAAGAUGUCCCCGCUAGACAUGAAGGACGGCUUCCUGGCCUUCCAAACUAGCCGUUACAAACUCCAUUACUACGAGACACCCACUGGGAUCAAGGUUGUCAUGAAUACUGACUUGGGUGUGGGACCUAUCCGAGAUGUGCUGCACCACAUCUACAGUGCGCUGUACGUGGAGCUGGUGGUGAAGAAUCCCCUGUGCCCACUGGGCCAAACUGUGCAAAGUGAGCUUUUCCGCUCCCGACUGGAUUCCUACGUCCGCUCUCUGCCCUUCUUCUCCGCCAGAGCUGGCUGAAGAAAGCACCCUACCUCACCCUUAGGAGAAUCCCUGUUUUUCUUAACUCAUUUUACCUGAGGGACUCCAAUGCCAGCAGCCCCUCCUCCCUUCCCCAACCCUUCUUGCAGCCCUUUUGGGGCUACAGCCUAAAACCAGCCUGGUGCCCUCCCAGUCACGUAAAGGAAGCCUAUUGUAGUCCCUACAUCUCCAAACCAGGCCCUUUCUCCAAUUUUAUCCCCUAUUUGACUGCAAGAAGUACAAAAUAAACUUUUUGUAACCUGCC